AACGACCUCGACCAUCAAUCAUCAAUCACCUCACACGACUCGGACCUCGCCAUCGCAAUCUGGACAUCCCCUCCUUUUCGACAAUACACUCUCUUUCUCAGCCUUGGAAUUAGUCGUUCGAAUCGAUCUAUACGGCGAGCCGAAACGCGGGAGAAAUCGGAAUCAUAUAGCCCUUUUCGGACGCGAUAACAACUACACCUUCCCCCAUCAAAAUCGAUUCCGAACAUAACAUCACAUCAAAGCAAACUUGCCCUUUGACUCGACCAUUCCUACGACAUCAAGACAUUCACACCAGCUUCAAGACGAGUGAUCAAGGAUGAGUUCUCCCGCUACCUCACAAGCUCCUACCUCGGCUGAGCCCACAGCCCCGGCCACCUCGGCUGCACCCGAGACCACCCAGGAGCCUUCCACCUCCCAACAGCCUACUACCUCUCAAGCACCUCCCACCACCUCUCAAGCACCACCUACCACAUCGCAAGCACCGGUAACAACCCCACCGACAACGUCGAAUCCCCCGAGGACGACAACGGCUCAGCAGACGUCCCAGCCGCCGGUGACGACCACUGAACAACAACAGACUACGCAGCAGCAACCCGAGACGACGGUCGUACAGAGUACUUCUCAGAGUACGGUUGUCGUCACCGUACCUGGAACCACUGCCCCAGGAACCACUGUCGGUCCCUCAACCCAAGAACAGGUCACCACGGUCCCGGUUUCUCAGUCGACAGUGGUUGUUACCGAGGUGGGAUCGAGCGGAUCUUCGAGGAGCACCCAGGUCGUCACCGUACCUGCCAGUCAGGUCACGAGCGCUCCUACCAGUAGGACUAGCACCCUCACUUUGCCUGCUGGCGUCACCUCGGGUAUCGUAACGACCGAAGUCACGGACGCUAUCCUUGUGACGACUACCAACAGCCGAGGCGAGCUCAUCACCACCGCGCCGGCUACCAUCACCUCGGCUGUCGUGCAAUCCGACGCCAACGGAGUCUUCUAUACCGUCACUCAGAUUGUCAGGAACCCGAGCGGAAGCUUGAACGAUGGCAGUGGCAAUUCCGGCGGGGGCACCAGCGCGUUCUUCAACAAUACCGGAGCGGUCGUUGGUGUGUUCGUCGUUGUUGGAAUCGCGGGAGCGGCCAUUCUGUUGGGCUUCGGGUUCUUGUUCAUGAGGCGAAGGAGGAGGCAGAGGUUGGACAGGGACGUUGCUGCCGCCGCUGCUGCUGCCAAUGCGGCCGCUAUGCGUACGCCGUUCGAGGACGACGAGGAUGGUGCCGGCGGAAACACCUCGUUCAACAGUUCGAGUGGACCUGCCAUGACCCAGUACGGGGGAUUCUACGCUAGUGACAACGGGCCCGGUGGAUACGACCAGGAACGUCAUGGUGGAUACGACCCUUACGCCGCUGCCGCUGCUGGUGGAAUCGGGGCUGCCGCCGUCGGUUCUCACCAAUACCACAACGACGACCCAUAUGCCGAUAACAACGCACCCAACGCUCAGGGCGGAGCAUAUUACCUCGACCCCAACGAUUACGACUACGACAAGGCGUCGAGGAGCGAUCAGGGAUUCAGUUACGAUCAGCCUGGGCAUGGCAACUAUGAGCAGGGGCCAUACUCGGACGUGCCGCUCGCUGCGGGUGGUCAGAGGUCGAACUACAUGCUGAGCAGGCAGGAUAGCGAGGGAAGCGUAGGCGAUCAUACGCGCGAUGCUUACAACAGCCGUGGCGGUCCGCUCAAGGUCGCCAAUCCAUCUGACGAAUAGUCGCGCCCCGGUUCUUUCCGACAAAAUCGAUACCCCCUCCUUCCCUUUCUCAUGUAGUGCCACCCGUCUCGUUCUCGAUAUGCUUGUUCCGGUCAGCUACGUUUUGUAUCUUCCAUGGACUUUACCAUCUCCCUCCCUGCCUCGUUCUCGUUCUCGCUCUCUCGCGGUACCCGUCCUAUUAUUAUCUCUCGAUCGUCUCGUCACUUUAUAGUAAUACUAGUCCGGAUGUUUUGUUAGCGGUUUGUAACCUCCCGUCCCGGAUCAAUGAACACGAUGUGACGAUUGAGCCGAUAUGGAGCAC